GCUGAUCGGCCUAUUUUGUUUUAUUUUUGAGCAUUUUGAUUUUAUUAGGGUAUUUAAUUCUGGAUUUUUUCCCCUGCUCAUUUGUGAUAUAUACUGGAAUUCUCACGUUGCUUUCGUAACCUGGUGUUUGGUUGCCCAGAAACAUUUGCGAGAUAUGAAACGAAAAUAUCUAGCCAUGGCGCCUGGCGGCAGGAGAACAACACAAUGCAAGGUAGUGUGCUGGCAUUUACAGAUGACGCUGUUCUGCCAGUCAGUGCUGUAUCUACUACAGUUACUGCGCUUGGCAUUAGAGGGUUUGAACUAUGCAAUCCUCAAAUUAUCACUCAAGCAUCUUCUUUGAAUCAUCUGCCUGUGGAGUCUUCCUCUAUAGAUAUUGUUAUUUGUAUCAGUAGAUCAGCUGAAUUUCCCAGUGUUCCAUUCUUUGAGGAAAUCUCAAGAGUGUUGAAGCCUGGUGGCACAAUACUAAUUCACAGGACUUCUCAGUCCGCAACAGGAGAAACAGAUAAGGCAACCUCCGCUCUUGAGCGCAUCUUACUUUUGGCAGGGUUCUUAGAAGCAGAGGUCCUUGGACAAAAGUCAAUGGUCAGGGCUAAGAAGGCUUCGUGGAAGAUUGGUUCUUCAUUUGCUAUCAAGAAGGCCACUAAAAUUCAGAUCAAUGAUGACUCAGAUCUGAUUGAUGAAGAUAGCCUAUUAAGUGAAGAGGAUUUAAAGAAACCACAGCUACCACUGGUUGGUGAUUGUGAAGUUGGAAGCACGAGGAAAGCUUGCAAAAACUGCACGUGCGGGCGGGCUGAAGCAGAGCAGAAAGUACAGAUAGGACCGACUGUGGAGCAGAUUAAUAAUCCUCAAUCAGCUUGCGGCAGUUGUGGGCUAGGGGAUGCUUUUCGGUGCAGUACAUGUCCUUACAAGGGUCUUCCGGCUUUCAAACUGGGCGAGAAGGUAUCACUAUCUGGGAACUUCCUUGCAGCAGACAUAUAAAGAUGACAAGGUCGACGUGGGUUCUGAUAUCAUGUAGAUGAGGUUCAAACAGUCAGCCUUCUGACAGCAUUUCAAGUUGCUGGCAGUAGUUCAAUCUUUCUUUAACUGCCCCAAAACUAGAGAAGUCUUGAGAUGUUACCUGUAGUUUACUUUUGAAAUAUGGAAAGCUUAAGUUCAUUAGCAGACAAUAUCUGAUAUUGUUCCUCCAACAAUCAACAGUUUUUGAGGUCUGUGCCAUGAAGAUUUUAAUGAGAAAAAAAGGGGGAGGAGAAAAUUGUUUCUUCCCUCCCAUAUAUACUUUCUAUUUUUUUUUUUUUUUUUUUUUUUUAUGUGUCAAGGAACCUCUUCAAGG